GCGCAAGCAAGAACGAGUGUGACGCACGAGAGUCUCCAUCUUGCUCGGAUUUUAGGGAACCACCAAAGCUACCCAAUUCAAAUCCCAACCUCAAUGCCGAUACCAUGCCAGCUGUUUCACCUUUUUUUUUUUUUUUUGUCCCUUUCUUCGAUUAUUUUUCUAUUUUUCCUCCAACCCUCCCACUAUUCCCUUUUUCUCCAUUUCAUCACUCCUUUCACUCUCGUCUUCCCUAGCAGUCAUGUAAACACGCCUCUGCCGAGUUUUACUGGAUUGGAUCUCGUUUUCGCCAUUAAUUAGAGUCAUGGAUAUCCGUGCCGAUGCAGAAACCAGCUCCUUUUCAAGUUUGUUCGCUGCUGUGUCGUAUGGAUUUGCCUCAAUGGCCAUGGUUUUUAUCAACAAGGCUGUUCUUAUGCAGUAUGCAUACUCAAUGACUCUCCUCACUUUGCAGCAAUUGGCUACCACCUUGCUUAUACACUUCGGUAGAAAAAUGGGAUACACGAAAGCGAGAGGACCUGAUAUGACAAUGGCCAAGCGACUGCUCCCGCUUUCAAUUUUCUAUAAUGCUAAUGUUGCUUUUGCUUUGGCAAGUUUGAAAGGAGUUAAUAUUCCUAUGUAUAUUGCAAUCAAGAGGCUUACGCCACUUGCUGUACUCAUUGCUGGGUGUUUCUCUGGAAAGGGAAGACCUACAACUCAGGUGGCUCUUUCGGUGAUAUUGACAGCUGCUGGAGUUCUUAUAGCUGCCCUUGGGGAUUUUUCCUUUGACCUUUUUGGGUAUAGCAUGGCCUUCGUUUCUGUUUUUUUCCAGACCAUGUACCUUGUGCUGGUGGAAAAAUCUGGUGCCGAGGACGGACUUUCAUCCGUGGAAAUCAUGUUCUAUAACAGUUUUUUAUCUCUUCCAUUUUUGAUGUUUCUCAUCAUAGCCACUGGGGAAUUCCCAAAUUCUUUAUCCCUAUUAUUUGCAAAGAGUUAUUCUUUUUCAUUUUUGGUGAUCCUUAUUCUUUCGUUGGUGAUGGGCAUCGUUCUUAACUUCACCAUGUUCUUGUGUACAAUUGUUAAUUCAGCCUUAACUACAACUAUUGUUGGCGUUCUCAAAGGGGUUGUUUCCACGACUCUUGGUUUCUUCUUAUUGGGUGGUGUUCAAGUCCAUGCUUUGAAUGUGAGUGGCUUGGUUAUCAAUACAGCUGGUGGUGUGUGGUAUUCAUUUGCUAAAUAUCAGCAGAAAAAAAGUAAGGCGGUGAAGCUGGUGACAGAUGUGGAGGCUCAUCGUAAAUAGAAGUAGCAUCGAUAAGUUGCGGUGAAAACUAACAGUUACAUAAGUGUUUCUUUACUUUGAUUACUAUGAUUGUAUACGCUGGUAGUUUAGUUUUUUCUCUCUUAUAAUUUUACAGUAGUUACAGGUUCACAUAGUCUGAGCCUAAGAUGUAGUAAUAGACAUGAAUUGAGUAAAAUAAUUGUACUUUUAUGAUUCUAAUGCUUACAGAAUAUUGUAGGGGUCUAUUUUAUUAUGAGAAUUGCUACCAUUACAUUUUCUUUCU